AUGUUCGAGUCUAUUAUUUUAGAAUAUCUUAAUAAUACAAAAUACAGGCAUUGGUCGAUUAUUUCUAUUUUGGAAUAUACAAAAUCAAAAUGUCAGUUAUAUGUAGAUUACAUCAAUGUUCUUAGGGAUAAUAUAUAUGCGUCGCUACGGAGAUACAACGAAAAUCGUGACAAUCAUAUAAACGUAACCAACAAAUUGAGCAAGAUUCUAUCUGAUUUCGAGAAAUCAUUUUCUACAGCUGAAGUAAAAGAAUUUAUUGAUAAACUGCGAAAGGAACAAGGAGAACGUGACUUUGAUAUGGCUUUACAGUUUAAUGUAACAUCUGCCUCCACAGUUAAAGCUUUGAAGGGAUACCGUACAAAUCAAAUUCUUAUCGAUGAAUUAAAAGAUGAUGAAUACGAG